AUGGUGUUCGGUUUGGGUCGUUCUUCAUCGUCUAAGCGCUCUUCCAAGGGUGUUGGGGGCUCUCACAGCAGUGUCCCUAGCUCUCUCAGCAGUGCUUCCAGGUCCUCUGCGUCCUCCAGGUCCAGCUCGAGAACCGGCUGGGAAUAUCUCAGUGACAGGUCUUCUCAAAGCUCUCAGAACUCUCGAAGCUCCCAGAACUCGCGGAGCUCCCAAAGCUCCUAUUACUCUGGCGCAUCCUCUUCCACCAUCCGCCCUGGCUCCUUCCAUACAGUUCGGCCCACGGGUCUCACUGCCAACAGCAUGAGGGCAUACGACAGGGCCAGCGGGAAUCGUAUGGACGAUCUGGACUCCGUUGGCGCUGGCUCAUCAGUCUCCCAGGACCGGUAUGGCAAUCCUAGACGUUCCAAGGGCAGUAGUCGCAGCCGGUCAAGGCAGCCUGCGUCAGAUGUGACUUCUCAAAGCUCUACCAGCACCAUCACCCCCAAUAUUGUCACUAUCCGGCCCAAGGGAGUCCACGCCAAUUCCGACCUGGGGUCUGUGAGGUCCAAUGGCUCUAGCAGUGUCAAUAGCCGCUCCUCUAGCAGUGUCAAUAGUCGUUCCUCUAGCAGUGUCCGUAGCCGUUCCCGGGCACCUAGUCGUCUGCGAGAAAUCUACCCUGAUUCAGACUCGGGGUCGCCCAAUAUUCAAUAUGCGGCCCCUAGAGGUCUUGGGGUGCCUCCUACCCGGCCCCCGACGAGCUAUCCUUACUCGGAUAUGCAGUCGGUGGAUUCAUCUCAGUCGUACAGUGACACUUACAGUGACGUUUACAGUAACAGCUACAGUGACACACCCACAGGCAUGGAUAUGGUUCCUCAACCACCGUCCAGCUACACUUCGUCUGACCUUGAUUCCCUCGAGUCGUCAGGUUAUGGACCGCCUGCCAGUGGUGCGACUGGAGACGUGUGUCGACAGUGCGGCAGUAGCUCGGCCUCUGGGGCUCCUAUGCCUGGAUCAGGGCGAUUCCCUGGCGGUGGUUCAAACAUCACCGUCGUGUAUACUCUCCUACGGUACAGAUUAUAG